AUGUACGUAUUCUCGCUUAUCCCCAAAGACGACCGCAAGAAGAUCCACGAGUACCUCUUCCGUGAGGGAGUGCUCGUGGCCAAGAAGGACUUCAACCUUCCCAAGCACGGUGACAUUGACACCAAGAACCUCUAUGUCAUCAAGGCCCUCCAGUCCCUGGACUCCCGCGGCUUUGUCAAGACUCAGUUCUCGUGGCAGUACUACUACUACACCCUCACCCCCGAGGGUCUGGACUACCUCCGUGAGUGGCUCCACCUCCCCGCCGAGGUUGUCCCCGCCACCCACAUCAAGCAGCAGCGUUCCCACGCUCCCCCCCGCGGCAUGAUGGGCGGUGAGGAGCAGCGCGGUGAGCGCCGUGGUCCCCGUGCUCCCCGUGAGGGCGGUUACCGCCGUCGCGAGGAGGGUGGAAAGGAGGGCGGUGCCCCCGGCGAGUUCGCCCCCUCUUUCCGUGGUGGCUUCGGCCGUGGCCGUGGUGCCGCUCCCCAGGAGUAA